CAAGAACUUCAGGUACGCCAAAAUAAAUCUAGUGCGCAAUUUAUUGUUUAAAUAUAGAAACACUUUUGUUUUUAUAUUCUUUUCUUUCUUUUUCUUUGUUUAAAAUUAUUAUUGUACAUAAUUAUACAUCACACAAUAGACAACUAUGCCACCAUUAGCCUAUAAUAGUUAUGAACGUUACCUGAUAGCAAGACAAGCAGUUGCCGAUUCAGCUGUCAAUAGUCUUACACCAACACAAGAUCAGAAAAUAACACUAAUCAUCAUUGGAGUUUAUACAGCUGCUAUUUUAGUAUUAUGGAAUAUGCCCAUAGCCAAGAUUGUCUUGUCACCAUUUAAAUUGCUUACUGUUGGUCUACAUGAAUUUUCGCAUGCUUUCAUAGGUUGUUUGACCUGUGCUAAAAUAGAGGCAAUUGAAAUAGAUCCAGAUGAAGGAGGUGUCACUCGUAUGAGAGGAGGUAUACCCAUGUGUACAUUACCAGCAGGGUAUCUAGGCUCAUCUCUCAUUGGAGCUGUUCUUGUGGCGUGUGGAUUUAAUAUACUUGCUUCCAAGAUAGCCUCCAUCAUUUUAGGUGUUUGUUUAUUAUUUACUUUAUGGUGGGCUAAGAAUUGGCUGACGCGAGGUAUUGGUCUCUUGUUUAUCGGUGUGAUGGUCUUUCUCUGGUGGCUGGCACACGGCGCAGGGCUAAAGUAUUUUGUAUUAUUUGUUGGUGUGAUGUCAUGUCUUUAUUGUCUGUGGGAUAUUUUGGAUGAUUUGGUGUUUAGAAAAUUGCACGAGUCUGACGCUGCAAAGUUUGCUCAGGUGUGUGGAUCAUGUAUGUCAAGUAGAGUAUGGGGUGUAUUUUGGUUCUUGAUCAGCUUGGUCUUCUUUAUUGCCGGUAUCUUGAUUGGUUUAGUUGCAUUUAAAGAAGAUCAACAAACACAGCAGCAACAAGCACAGGGUUUUGGCUGGUAGAGUCACACAAAGUCUGAUUGUCUUGUUUUCUGAUUAUUUUUGUAAAUACAACUAUAAAGUAAUAAUAACUUAUUCGAGUACAAGGAAAUAAAAUAAGAUGGAUGAUUUCGUCAUCAAUACUUGCAAUCCUGAAUAGAGCCUUAUUGGGA